UCAAACCCAAUUAAAUACAAAACAAGACAAUCAAUUACAGUUAUUAUGUUGUACAUGUCAAUGUGACAGAUUUCACUCUAAUUUUCCACAAAUGCAAAUAUAACUGAAUGGAAUAGAAAAUUCCAUCACAGUUUCUAUUUCAUUUGAAGGAAAGCUGGGUUUGGUUGACCGACAUGAGUUUAACAGAGGAUUCGGUCACCGAGUUGGCGAAUCAACUGAUCGAAUUGGUGAAGGGGAUUUCUGGGUUGCCUGAGUGCAGAGGAAUUUGCAAGAAGAUGCAUGGGAAUUUGGUCCGGAGAAUCAAGCUGUUGAGCCCUCUGUUUGAGGAAUUGAAAGACAAUUAUGGAGCUCUUAAAGAUGAAGAUGUUCGAGCACUUGAGGCGCUUAGGGUUGCGUUGGAUGCUUCCUUGAGGCACCUGGAGGGGGUCAUCGAUGGAAGCAAGUUGUAUCAGGCACUGCAGAGGGACGCUGUUACAGAUCAAUUCCAUCAUAUUACGGCACAGAUUGAGGCAGCAUUGAAUAAAAUUCCUUAUGAUAACCUUGAUAUGGCAGAGGAGGCUCGAGAACAGAUUGAACUUGUGCAUGCUCAAUUCAGAAGAGCAAAAGAAAGACUGGACUCCCCUGAUUUGCUACUGGAUCGAGAUUUAGCCAUGGCUCAGAAAGAGAAGGACCCUGAACCUGCAAUCCUAGAAAGACUUUCAGAAAAGCUGCAACUUAAGACCAUCAAUGCUCUAAAGAAAGAGUCAGUUGCUUUCCAUGAAUUGGUUAUCUCAAGUGGGGGAGAGCCUGGGGAUUUUAUUGAGAAUAUGUCAUCCCUUCUUAAGAAGCUAAAGGACUAUGUUCAAAUGAAUUACCCUAUGGCUGACAUCUCCGAGGGUGAAAAGGGGUCAGUUAAACACAGAUCUCCUCUUAUUCCGGAUGAAUUUCAAUGCCCUAUUUCUCUUGAACUUAUGAAAGAUCCUGUCAUUGUCUCUACUGGACAGACGUUUGAAAGAUCUAGUAUUCAGAAAUGGCUGGAUGCCGGGCACAGGACUUGUCCCAAAACCCAGCAGACGCUGUUACACACGGUCCUGACACCUAACUAUGUCUUGAAGAGUUUGAUUGCUUUGUGGUGUGAGAGCAAUGGGAUUGAGCUACCCAAGAACAAUGGAACCUCUAAAAGUAAAAAAGCUGGAGGCCAUUUCUCAGACUGCGACAGGCCUGCUAUUGUUGCAUUAUUGGAAAAAUUAGCGAAUGGAGCUACCGAGGAACAAAGAGCUGCUGCGGGUGAGUUAAGAUUACUGGCAAAGAGAAAUGCAGACAAUAGAAUAUGCAUUGCCGAGGCGGGAGCCAUCCCACUACUCGUAGAGCUACUGUCAUCCACUGAUCCUCGGACCCAGGAGCAUGCUGUGACAGCCCUUCUCAACCUUUCUAUAAACGACAGUAACAAGGCAACUAUUGUAAUUGCAGGAGCAAUACCUGAUAUUGUAGAUGUGUUGAAAAAUGGCAGCAUGGAGGCAAGAGAAAAUGCAGCUGCAACCCUUUUCAGUUUAUCUGUUGUAGAUGAGAACAAGGUGGCAAUUGGAGGAGCUGGAGCGAUUCCAGCUCUCAUAAAAUUGCUCUGCGAGGGGACUCCAAGAGGAAAGAAAGAUGCUGCCACUGCUAUCUUCAAUCUUUCGAUCUAUCAGGGAAACAAAGCAAGGGCUGUUAAGGCUGGCAUUGUUCCACCACUGAUGAGUUUGCUGAAGGACGCAGGAGGUGGAAUGGUAGAUGAAGCAUUAGCAAUUCUUGCCAUUCUUGCAACCCAUCAAGAAGGGAAGAUUACAAUUAGUCAGGCUGACCCAGUUCCUGUCUUGAUAGAAUUCAUACGGACCGGUUCCCCUCGCAAUAGGGAGAAUGCUGCAGCUGUAUUAUGGUCACUCUGCACGGGCGAUCCGCAGCAGCUGACAAAAGCUAGGGAGCUUGGUGCAGAAGAGGCACUGAAAGAACUGUCAGAAAGUGGCACUGAGAGGGCUAAAAGAAAAGCUGGAAGCAUAUUAGAGCUCCUUCAACGAGGUGACUUGGCUGUCAAUGUCAUAUAGUUCAUUGUCAUAUUUACUUUAGUUUUGUUCAUUCACAAUUGGAACUGUAGAGCAAUUUUUCAAUGGUAGAAGAAGGUAGUGGUAAUAUAGAUGGGAAAGGUGUACAUAAAUAGCUAAUAUGAGAAGAGCCAAUGAUUGGUGAGUUUCCCUCACUGAAAUGCCAGAGAACUCACUGGCUCUUCUGCUUUAUUAGUUGGUUCAGCUUAUGGGAGGACUUGUUAUAAGAUAUUACCUUCUGUGUAACUUCUACCUGCCUUUAUGACACUUUCUGAUAGUUUUAGAUGGAGAUUGGAGAGUAACUCAGUUAAAACCUGCUUUCAUAUCCUUAUGGGAGGACUACUUGUUAUAAAAAUGCUUGAUAGCCCCAUUUAUAAUCUC